AGCUGACUCCACUGAAGAAAGCAGGGGCUAGCACCUAAAUCGGGUAACUCGAUACGGUAUCCAUGCCAUGCUUGCAUGCCCAUAACCACGCUAAGUUGGACCCACCGAAAAGACCCAAAGCUUCAAGAGACCCGCAGCAGCACCCGAUGGCAAGGAUGGGCAAGCAACAACGCCGCAACGCCGCAACGCUGCCGGAAAAAGAAUGUCAUCAGCCUCAACUCCAACUUCGCAUUGUAAGACAUACUGACGACUAGAUCCUACCUCGCUACCUCUUCUGUCGACCUAUUGUCCACGGCCCACAACACCUUCUACCUUCUAUCCCUACCUUACGUAGUUUCGCCACUCUUUCCAUCUGAUCUUCCCGGCCCUGUCGACCGCCGUGUUUUUUUUUUCUCUAGACGAUCCCCAACCCGACAAACAUCCCGGACCACACCCGCGACCGAAAAUGGUCAGCCCUGUCGGGACCUUCUUCAUAGUCCUGGUUGUGUUGCUGAUCGUAGCCUCGGUCGGCUGGAUCGUCUUCACGCAGCUGCGCGCAAGGCGGUUAGGCCUCCCUGCCCCACCUCUCUCAUCCUACAUCCCCUUCGCGCGCUCCGAACCCUCGUCCUCGUACGGGCCACCGCAGCCGGCGCCGGGUGGUAUUCGUAGCUGGGUAAGCGACAAAUGGCGCGCGUUGCGCAGCAGCGCCAAUAGGUCCGCGAGCGGCGCGUACGAGCGCCCGUCCCGCCGCGGUUUCGGACCCCUCGACCCGGACGAAGCCUGGGACUCACGCGUUGGCCACGAGGCGGACGGGUACUACGGCUACGGCUACGAAGAACAGGAACUUGGCCUGCGUGGACAGGGACUACGCCAGCAACAGCAACAACAACAUGUGAAUGGCACCGGAUACAGCAACGUGAACCUAGCGGCCGAUGAGCGAAGAGGACGUACGUUAAGCCGCGACCAGGGUGCGCCUAUUGGUGGCAACGGAAACGGAAAUCUGGGCAUUGGAGGUGGCCGCAAUCCGUUCGAUGACGACGCAGCUGAGCCUAGCAAUAUAAGCAUGAGGGGCGUGAGUCCCCGGCCAAUCGACACAAACGUCGCGGCGACCAAGGCGAUUGCAGGGGCUAAGCACGAUAGCCCGACGUCAGAACGAAGAUCGAUAUUCAGGGAGGAAGUAUAAGGGCUAUGGUUUUCUUGCUACGCCACGCAUUGCACCUUGUUUUUAUAUUGUUUAUUUGUGGUUAAUGUCCACCUCGAGAUGUUUCCGCGUUGCGCGGUGCAGGAUUGAGAUAAUGUGUACGCUACAUGCCACCCCCUUCUCCAUCGACGGGAAAGAGGGCCGGUUAAUUUGUUCUCUGUCGAAAAGAGCUGGACUACGUAAGGGGGGGGUAAAUACGGAGUUCGUGUCUUGAAGUGGACAUCUUAGUCCGAAGGGUAUUAGGCCUUAGGGCGGAACCUUGAGGAAAGGGAGUUUGCGGCGUUUUAGGCUCGUUAAUAAGGAAAAGGGGGAGAGGGUUGUUUCGUUUCUGCGUAUACUAUACCUAUUCAGGUCUCCCCAAAAGCCACAGGCGUUACUGGAGGAUGGUUUAUUAAAUAUACAAUGCGGAUGCGGCAUCGCAUUUUUUUUCGUGGCUUUGCUUACACCUCCAUUUCUCUUGUCUUUAUGAAAUAAAAUGUGCUUGCCUCCUAA